AGAGGGGAGGGGCUCGCUUAGCCACGCCUACAUCCCCCUUGCCUUGCCUGCUGUUUUUGACUUUGCACUAAUGGAGGUUCAAAAUGAGAAACUACUUGGCACAGGUCGAGAGGAUAUUCCUUUAUUGAAAGUCAACAUACAGGAGCCACCAAAGAAUCUAAAGCAGAAAGCCUUGGCCCUGUGUAGAAGCCCCCACAGGCUAUGGAGCACUAGUGUGAUUGCUUUUAUCAUUGCGACCUUCACCAUGAUAGGUGGAUAUUCACUGGGCUAUCCCUCCUCUGCUCUCCUGGACCUUAGGAACAUGACUAAUGGACGUGCUAUCAAGAGUGGCUCUGUCCUUGAGAAUGUCUUUGGAGCCAUAGGCCCAGUUGGAUCAUUGUUUGGUGGGACUCUGGCCGGUUUCUCUGCUGAUACAUUUGGACGUAGGCCCACAGUCAUACUCACUGCUGUCUCGUAUUUUGUGGGCUGGACAAUGCUUGGUGUAUCGUGGUACAUUAAGAAUGCAGUCGCUUUUCAAAUUAUACUAAUGCUCGGUCGCUGUAUAUCUGGAUUUGGGCUAGGCUGGGCUUUGCUUGCUGGACCAGUUUAUAUUGGAGAGAUCUCUCCGCCAGCACUAAGAGGUUUCUACAGUUCAUUUCCACAGGUGCUUAUGUUUAUGGGUAUACUGGCAGUCUACUGUGUUGGGGCUAUUCCAGGCCUCAAGUUCUAUCACACUGCAUUCAUUGGCUCAGGCAUGACUGUAGUGGCAUUGCUCUUUGUAAUAUGGAUCCCAGAGACACCAAGAUUUCUCGUAGUGAAGCAAAAGACUGAAAAAGCACUUCAGACGUUGAAGUUCUUGCGUGGACCUAAGAUAGACUCAGAGCAAGAGCUUACUGAGAUUGAAGGUGCCAUUGCUAAGCAGCACAAGCUCUCUUUCAGGGAGUUCCUAAGAGAGUUUUCGCACAAAAAUGUCUACCUACCGUUCAUAUUGAUGCUCUUUGUCAUGAUCUUCCAGCAGCUCUCCGGCAUCAAUGCAAUUGUAUUUUACAGUGCACCUAUACUUCAGGAUGCUGGCUUUGGAAGAGACUCUCGUUUUGUUGCUCUGCUAACUGUCGGGCUCACUUCUCUACUGGCGACAUUCAUCAACACUUUAAUAGUUGAUCUCUUUGGACGUAAGAUCCUCCUAAUGGUCAGUGCCACUCUUAUGACAUUCAGCUCACUGGGUCUUGGACUUGUGCUUAGGUUUUCCAGCCUGCACAUAAUCGCUAUAUUCUCUGUGAUUGGAUUUCAAGUUGGUUUCUGCAUUGGGUAUGGAGCUAUCACUUGGAUCAUGAUUCCAGAAAUGAUCCCACUACGAGUAAGAGGAUACCUUGGUGGAGUAUUGGUCUCUACCAAUAGAGCCAGUGCUGCCAUUACUACUGGUUUCUACUUUGCUUAUGCCGAUAAUGUCGGAGAGGACGUCGCAUGGUGGACUUUUGCUGCAAUAAACCUCGUGUCGCUUGCUUUUGUUGCCUUCUUCCUCCCAGAGACAAAGGGAAAGAAACUGGAGGCAAUGGAGAAAGAAUUUGUUAAGAGCUACAGAUUGUGUGCAUAAGAAAGAGAAAUGUCUUCUUUAUUAUUAAUUUAAAUGCUAUAUGAUUUUUGUUUUACUAUCAGUAGAUCUAUAGAUA